AUGUCAGCCUCUGCCUAUCCUACCCGUACCUUCGCCGGGGUCACUCUUAUUGACACCCCCCUCGUCCAAAAAGCCAUGGAGUACACCCGUCAUCAUAACGACACUUUCUCGUUCAACCAUACGUACCGCUCCUGGGUCUUCGGCGUCAUCAUCGCCUCGAAAAUACCAGCUUUUGCCGCCAUCGACCCUGAAGUCCAUGCCGUCUCCGCCCUUCUGCACGAUCUCGCUUGGGAUUGCACCACCAGCCCCUUCGCCACGCCAGACAAGCGAUUCGAAGUCGAUAGCGCUAACGCCGCGCGAGACUUCCUUGACCGAGAAGCCUCCCACUUCGACGCUCGCCGCCGCCAACUCAUCUGGGAUAGUAUCGCGCUGCACGCGACGCCUAGCAUUGCGCAUCAUAAAGAGCCUGAGGUCGCGAUCUGUAAUAUGGGCAUUUUUGCGGAUUUUAAGGGCCCGCAGUUCCCUGGGGGGUUGAUUUCUAAAGAGGAGUACAAUACCGUGGUGCAGGAAUUGCCAGCAGAUGGGUUCCAAGAGGGGGUUAGAAAGCUGAUGUGUGGGCUAUGUGAGAAAAAGCCGGAGACAACCUACGAUAAUUUCGUGCGGGACUUUGGCGAGAGAUUCGUCCCGGGGUAUACUUUGGGGAGUAGCAAUGCGGUGGAAAUGUUAAUGGAGAAGAUUGAAUAG